AUGGCACUAGGCGCUUCCCGGCUCCCAGCCGGCGAGCCACUCCUCUGGCUCAAGUCUCUCAGCUCCAUCGCCGCAUUCUGGCUUGGAUGCUUCUUCUUUUCCAAGUCAAGGCAUAUCCACCCCAAGCGCAGAAGCACAUUGGCGCUCUCGUUCCUCCUUCAGGCAUCUCUUAUCUUCCUGGCCGCCGCUUUCGCCCAGACCCGUCUCAUCGCCGACUUCGGAGCCACAUCCGUCCAAGGAUCCGACACGAAACACGAAUUCAAGACCUCCGAGGACCCCCUCGUCAUGGUCCCACUUGCCCUCCUCGCUUUCCAAUUCGGCGGGCAGAUCGUCACCAGCAGGAUCUUGGGCUACAACGAGGUUCCAACCAAUGUGCUCACCAGUGUCUACUGCGAUCUUCUGUCAGACCCUAAGCUCUUCGCCCCCUUGAGGGAAAACCCGAAGCGGAACAGGAGGUUCUUAGCUGUGGUUCUCCUUGUACUGGGAGGUAUCGUUGGUGGAUGGUUGCAAAGAAGCCAGGCUGGCAUGCCGGGGGCCCUUUGGAUAUCUGGUGCUGUCAAGUUCAUCAUUGCAGUUGCCUGGAUGGGCUGGGCCAGUAACGAGCCGGUGGAAAGCAAACUUGAAAAGGGAGCCGUAAAUACGUAG